AACGCGCGCCGAGUUUAGUGUAUUGAUCGAGCGCCAUAUUAGUCGCGGAGUUUUCUCCUUCGAGGGUGCGUGGCGACGAACUUGGUUUUAUUGGUGUAGUCGCUUAUUGGCCAGUGGCUGUUAAGACGACGGACGGAAAAAACACAAAAACAGUAGUCUAGAUAAUUUUAAAAAGUAAUAACUAUAGAAUAAGUUUUGUCUUUACGGUAAUAGACAGUAGUAAUUAUAAUUAGAGUGAUAAAAUAGUGAAAAAAAAAGUAAGUGAAGGCAUCAGGCUGGGAGGUCGUUUGAGUGAAGUUGUGGGUCCCGUCGUGGAGGAGGCCAUUGAGCCAGGGGAUGCGACCCCGCUGACGGGACCCGUUAGGGAGGUCUCAAUACCUCGAGCACCUCCGCCACCCCCGCGAAUCACGACCCCGAGUCCUCCGCGACCUCCACCUCCGCCGCCACCGCCUCAGCAAACUCAAGCCAAAGUCCAGAUCCAGAGCCAGCCCCAGCACCAGCAGCUGCACCAACUUCAGGUCCAUCUGCAUCCGAACCCCACGGAGACCCACCAGACGGUGAUCAGCCAGACGACAACAGGACUGACGCUGACUAAAAGCCACAGUUCUGUCCAGAUAAAUCACCAGCCCCAGCUUCUACACCAGAACAGCGAGCCGACGAGCAACAUCGUCACCAUGGGCACUGUCCUGUCCUUCAGCCCCAAGGAGAGACGGAACUCGUCCGUCUAUCCGCCAAUUGGGAGCCAACAUCCCAAUGAUUUCACUCUCAACAAUUUUAAUUACGAGCAGCUCAAUAACGCGAAAAAUAGGGAAAAUAAAAAUGUUGCUGCGGUCGCACCAGCGCCUGCUAAUACGAACAACAAUCCGCAGACGAAUAACAACUCGCUGCAAAAUAAUAACAUUAAUUUGAAUAAUGACAGCGCGAGAAUAAUUUCGGAAAAAAAUGCGCUGGAGAAAAAUCUCAAGAAACACUCGCUGUUUAUCAACGCGCUCUCCUGGAAGCGGUUUAGCACCACCAAUAACAACAAAAAGAAGCUCGAUAACAACAAAAAUAAAAAUAUUACUUUCAGGCAGCCGCUUGAUAACAUUCCUAUUGUUGACAAGAACAAAAAUAUCCAGACGCCGCAGACAAAAGCCCCGGCGUCAAACAACAAUCACACGACGCACAAUUUAAAAUGUGAAAAAAUAUCAGAAAGGCCACAGCCGGCAGGGCCAAGGAAAACAGUAAUCCAAGCAUCGACAUCCGAAUUACUGAGGUGCCUUGGAGUUUACUUGCAUGGAAAGUGCACAAGACUCAGAGAUUUUCAAGCUGGGGAUGCAGUCAUGUGGCUGAGAACCGUAGACAGGAGUUUGCUACUUCAGGGAUGGCAGGAUGUUGCGUUCAUCAAUCCAGCGAAUGUGGUCUUUGUCUACAUGCUGGUACGCGAACUGGUGGACGGGGAUGAGGCUUCGGAACGUGAGUUACAAGCCACGGUAUUGACGUGUCUGUAUUUGAGCUACAGCUACAUGGGAAAUGAAAUAAGCUACCCGUUGAAACCGUUUUUGGUGGAAGACAGCAAAGACAAAUUCUGGGACAGAUGUCUGCUGAUUGUUAACCGACUGAGCUCCAAAAUGCUGCGCAUCAACAGCGAGCCCGGAUUCUUCACGGAGAUUUUCACCGAGCUCAAGGUAUAUGACACCCCCUGGAGGCGUCCGUCACUGAACAUGGGUCUAUAAAAUCAAACCGGCUUGCUUGCGGAAUCGGGGAACGCGGGAGUCUUACUGGGAGUGGUCUCGAGCGAAGUCUCGUCGUCUCCGGAGUCGCAGUUCCAACCAAG